GGGAGCGAGGCCACUGCGGUGAGUGCCGCUUCCCCGGUGAAGGCCCCUUUAAAAAAACAGAAUGGCAGCUGUUCCUCAGAAUAACCUGCAGGAGCAGCUUGCACUUCAUUCAGCCAAAGCCCCUCUAAAAAACCUGUCGCUUCUCAAACCCAAGACUAUGGGAUUUACAUUCAAAAAGAAAACCUCUCUUGGUAACUGUACACCAGUAAAAUUUUUAGCUGGAACAAAGGAUUUGACUUUAAAAGAGAAGGAUGCUAACUCUUCUUUGACAAAUCCAAGUGUGUCAAAGGAUAAGCAGAUGAGAAUCAGUGAAGUUUUUGAAACAACAUUGAAAAAGCAGGAAGGAAAACAGAAUUCUCCAAAUGUGCAAUGCCGAGAUGUUCUGGAUUGUUUCCAGUCUUCUGUAAAAGAAAGUGAUUUGGGCAGCAAACCAGAUGACCACAGGCUCCUGAAAUCAGACCAUAAUUCUUCAUACAAUUCAGUUAUUAAUAUCGAUGAUGUCUGGGAUGACACUGAUGACUUUGAAAUAUCUGGUCCACGAAAGGUAUGCUCAAAGCUGCCUGUUCCCUUUUCAGACACCCAGUCUGUAAAAGCUAGGAAGGCUCCAAAAAACCAUAGUCCCAUCCCCAGUAAGUCAUUAAAGGCAGAUGGCAUGGGAAGAGCUAACCAAGAAUGCAAUAGAACCUCUGUGUGUGAGAAGAACAAAAUACAGAUGCUUGACAAGAAACCAGAUCUUGUUGGAAGCCAGACUGUCAUUUGUCUUGAUUCUCCCACACCGAGCCCUUGUGAAAGCUCUGUAAGUAAAAAUCUUCAAGAGGAGAAGCCUGUGGAAAGUCCCUUGGGUGAUAAAAAGGAAGAGCAUUUAAAAGCACAGAAUGACCCUGACUUCAUCCUAAAUGAAAGCGAGGAACCAGAUGAAGUGUGGAAUGAUCCAGCCAUGUAUGAUGAGUUUGAGGAUGACGACUAUGUAGACUGCAUUCCACCCUCUCCAGAGGAAGAAAUGACUUCUUCUGCAUCCUCUUUGAAAAGCAUUAGGUAUGUUUCCAGAGAAGCUGCUGUUGAGAAAACACUGGCCCCUGAAAGCUUGAAAAGCAGCCUUCCAGACUUUGGAGAAACCACCCAUGGAAACAGUGAUAGGCAGGAAGACAAGCAUUCACUUUUGGGACGGUCCCUCUACAGUGUGAUGGAAGACAUCUGCAAGUUGGUGGAUUCCGUUCCAGAAUGGGAGCUGAAGUCUUUGUCGUGUGGACAAGAGCUCCUUCAGCAUAGAGAUCGCAGAAGAAAACUCUUAAAGAAUGGCACUAAUGGAAGUAGAAAGGACAGUGGCAUAUCUUUGGAUGAAAAUUGCAAACUUUAUUCUGGACAUGAAAGAUCUAUGGAUGGUGGUGUUUCUUUUCAACUGGGAAAAACCUCUGCCACUGACCCUUGUAGGGAAUUGUUCAUGUCUAGACAACCUUCCCCAAAGGUUGCACCCCAGCAUAACUUUCAUUCAACCCCCUCCUUUGUACCAAGCACUCAAGACUCCAGUACUGCUGACCUGUCAAUUUUUUCCAAGUCUUUUGCUUUGGGCAGUAGCAUCUCGGAAAAUGCAGGAUUGUCUCUUUCCAAAAGAGGAGUCGACAAAAGAAUCUCCUCUCUGAACAGUUCCAUCAAAAAUCCAAGGACAGAAUGGGGAGAAAAGAGUUGGCUGUGUUCAAAGGGGAAUCCAGACCAAGAGAAACUCACUCAACUUAAAAGUAAUUUGAGAGAGAAUUCCUCAGCAACAGAGAAUGUGGCCUUUGAUGAUGAUUUUGAUAUUGAUGACUUUGAUGAGUUGGACGACAUAAUAAACACUUCAACUUUACAGCCACCUAGUACUUGCUACCAGCGUGCUGAGGAAGCACAGCCUGCCAAACCAUUCCUGGAAAAAAGUUCCCUUACAGCUAAGGGAAAUGGUCAUUUUUCAAAUCCUAUUUUUCCCAGAGCAAACUGCCAAGGUGUGCCUGCCAAGAGCUGCUUGGAUCCACAGGUUAAUAAUACACCUUCCAGAAAUCCAUUCCUAGAGCACUUCAGAGGCUUAGCAUUUCCUCAUUCUAACGAAAUGAUGAAGAUAUUUCACAAAAGAUUUGGUCUGCAUCACUUCCGGACAAAUCAGCUUGAAGCCAUCAAUGCUGCUCUCUUGGGCGAAGACUGCUUCAUCUUAAUGCCCACAGGAGGUGGGAAGAGCUUAUGCUACCAGCUACCAGCUUGCGUUUCAGCGGGAGUCACCAUUGUGAUCUCCCCCUUGAGGUCACUGAUAGUGGAUCAAGUUCAGAAGCUAACAUCAAUGGAUAUUCCAGCAACUCAUCUGACAGGUGACAAAACUGAUGCUGAAGCAUCCAGAAUCUACAUGCAGCUGUCGAAGAAAGACCCCAUCAUAAAACUCCUCUAUGUUACUCCAGAGAAGGUCUGCUCAAGUGGCCGGCUGAUGUCAACCCUGCAGAAUCUCUAUGAGCGGAAGCUGUUGGCGCGCUUUGUGAUUGACGAGGCACACUGCGUUAGUCAGUGGGGCCAUGACUUCCGCCAAGACUACAAGCGGCUGAAUAUGCUUCGUAAGAAAUUUGCUUCCAUUCCUAUGAUGGCUCUUACUGCCACCGCAAACCCAAGGGUGCAAAAGGACAUCCUGAAUCAACUGGAGAUGCUGAAGCCGCAGGUGUUUAGUAUGAGCUUUAACAGGCGGAACCUGAAAUACGAUGUUUUGCCCAAGAAGCCCAAAAGUGUUGCGCUGGACUGCUUGGAUUGGAUCCGAAAAUACCACCCAAAUGACUCUGGGAUAAUUUAUUGCCUCUCCCGAUAUGAAUGUGACUCGGUUGCCAGCACUUUGCAGAGAUCUGGCCUUUCUGCACUUGCCUAUCAUGCUGGUCUCGCGGACAGCAUCAGAGACCAUGUGCAGCAGAAGUGGAUUAACCAGGAUGGAUGUCAGAUUAUAUGUGCAACCAUUGCUUUCGGCAUGGGGAUUGAUAAACCUGAUGUGCGCUUUGUGAUCCAUGCCUCUCUUCCUAAAUCUGUUGAAGGUUACUAUCAGGAGUCGGGCAGAGCUGGCCGUGAUGGAGAAAUUUCUCACUGCCUGCUCUUCUACACCUAUAGUGACGUCAACAGGCUGAGAAGACUCAUAUUUAUGGAAAAAGACGGGAACAGCCACACACGGCAGACACAUUUCAACAAUCUCUACAGCAUGGUCCAUUACUGUGAGAAUAUUGUGGAGUGUCGGAGAGUACAGCUGCUGGGCUACUUUGGGGAAACAGGCUUCAACUCUAGGUUUUGCAAGGAACACCCUGAAGUCAGUUGUGACAACUGCAGCAAGAAGCAGGAUUAUAAACCACGGAACGUGACAGAAGAAGUGAAAAACAUUGUUAGGUUUGUCCAGGAGCAUUGUGGUGAGAAGCGAGUAAGAAGGAAUAACACAGGGAGGUACACCUUGAAUAUGAUGAUUGACAUUUUCUUGGGUACAAAGAGUGCCAAGAUUCAGUCUGGCCUGUUUGGCCAAGGAGCAGCCUACUCACGCCAUAAUGCUGAGCGACUCUUUAGGAAAUUGGUACUGGACAAUAUUCUAGAGGAAGACCUUUACAUCACUGCUAAUGACCAAGCAGUUGCAUAUGUCCAGAUUGGUGAGAAAGCUUAUGCUGUGCUGAAUGGAUCUCUGCAGGUAGAGUUCCAUGAAACUGAAAGUGCCAGCAGCAUUCGCAAGCAACUAAGGGCGUCAGUGAUCAAAAUUUCCCAGCGGGAAGAGAUGGUUAAGAAAUGUCUCUCAGAACUCACAGAUGUUUGCAAAAACCUUGGGAAAGUGUUUGAUGUCCAUUACUUCAAUAUUUUUAACACUGCCACACUUAAAAGAAUAGCAGAGACACUGUCUUCAGACCCUGCAGUUCUGCUUCAGAUUGAUGGUGUUACGGAGGACAAGUUAGAGAAGUAUGGAGCAGAAAUCAUUGAAGUGCUGCAGAAGUAUUAUGAAUGGACACUGCCAGCGGAAAACAAGCCUCUUUGGGCUACAGAAGCCGACGCUGAAAGAAAUUCCAGUACUGAUGAAGCAGAGGAGGAGCUCCAUACAACAUCUGCCUAUUUCCACAACAGACCCAACAAAGGAAGGAAGAGAAAAAAGCCACAGUUCUUCAGAGAAUCAAAGAAGAAAAUGAGGUCUGGAGGCCAGCAGGCUCGUUCUAAAGGGGGUUACAGAACCGGCAAGAAGGCAUCAUCUAACUCCAAAAGUUCCACAUCUUACAUUCCUCCUGCCAAACCAGGAAUUGGCAAAAGGCCUGCAAUCAUGGCACCGCCAAAACCACAAAGCAGACAGUACCUUAAACCUUCUUUCUCACUUUUGUAAUAUCCUUAAAGUCUUUUUAAUGUCUAUGGAUGCUGUUUAACUAAUUUUUUUUAUUGAGGUGUAACACUCAUGCCUAAUGUUAAUAAAUACAUUUGCUUAAACCAUACUCUUGAGAGCUUCUAGCAAGACGCCUUGUGAGCCAUGCUGGGAAA